CCAACCCCGCUCCAGCCUGCGUGAGGCCCCCCAGCCCCAGCCCAGUGCUCGGCUUCCUCGGUGUGCUGCGGGAUGGCGGGUUACCUGCACGUCGUGCGCUCGCUAGGCAAAACCUCCGCCUCGGUGCUGGGCAGAAGCCCAGGGGCCUUGGCCCCGGCAGCCCUGAGUCUGCUGGGAGGGCAGCCACGCCGCAACUAUGCAGACAAACGAAUCAAGGUGGACAAACCUGUGGUGGAGAUGGAUGGAGAUGAGAUGACUCGAAUCAUCUGGCAGUUCAUCAAAGAAAAGCUUAUCCUACCCCAUGUGGAUGUACAGCUCAAAUACUUUGACCUAGGGCUCCCACACCGUGACCAGACAGAUGACCAGGUCACUAUUGACUCAGCCCUAGCCACUCAGAAAUAUAGUGUGGCUGUCAAGUGCGCUACCAUUACUCCAGACGAAGCCCGUGUGGAAGAAUUCAAGCUAAAGAAGAUGUGGAAAAGUCCCAAUGGGACUAUAAGAAACAUUCUAGGGGGAACGGUAUUCAGAGAACCCAUCAUCUGCAAGAACAUCCCCCGCCUCGUCCCUGGUUGGACCAAGCCCAUCACCAUCGGCAGGCAUGCCCAUGGGGAUCAGUACAAGGCCACUGACUUUGUGGUAGACAAGGCGGGUACUUUCAAGAUGGUGUUCACUCCCAAAGACGGCAGUGGCGUAAAGGAGUGGGACGUGUACAACUUCCCUGCUGGAGGUGUGGGCAUGGGCAUGUACAACACUGAUGAGUCUAUCUCAGGUUUUGCACACAGCUGCUUCCAGUACGCCAUCCAGAAGAAGUGGCCCCUCUACAUGAGCACCAAGAACACCAUCCUGAAGGCCUAUGACGGUCGCUUCAAAGACAUUUUCCAGGAAAUCUUUGACAAGCACUACAAGACAGAUUUUGACAAGAACAAGAUUUGGUAUGAGCACCGACUCAUUGAUGACAUGGUCGCUCAGGUACUCAAGUCUUCAGGUGGAUUUGUCUGGGCCUGCAAGAAUUAUGAUGGCGACGUGCAGUCUGAUAUACUAGCCCAGGGCUUUGGUUCCCUUGGUCUGAUGACUUCGGUUCUGAUCUGCCCCGAUGGGAAGACCAUUGAGGCAGAAGCUGCCCACGGAACUGUCACCCGCCAUUACCGGGAGCACCAGAAGGGCCGACCCACUAGUACCAAUCCCAUUGCUAGCAUCUUUGCCUGGACAAGAGGCUUAGAGCACCGAGGAAAGCUGGACGGCAACCAGGACUUAAUUAGAUUUGCUCAGACUCUGGAGAAAGUAUGUGUUGAGACAGUGGAGAGUGGAGCUAUGACCAAGGACCUCGCCGGCUGUAUCCAUGGGCUAAGCAACGUGAAGCUGAACGAGCACUAUCUGAAUACUGAAGAUUUCCUGGACACGAUCAAGAGGAACUUGGACAAAGCUCUGGGUCAGAAAUAGGUGCUAGUGGGGAGCAGCCCUGGCUGCAGGUUAGGAGGCAAGGGGAGAGCAAGAGGUGGGCAGGUCAAAUGCCUUUCCUGUUCUCUUCUUCUCUAACCUCCGUCCUCCUUCCCCCCCACCUCUCCCAUCCCCCCAGCAUGGAAGGAUCCAUAACCCUUUCAUUUGGAAACUUGGAACAGGAAAUAUGUGCUGGGGAUACUUUUUAUAAGCUGGUGGGGUGGGGUUUUUUAAAAAGAUAUUUUUUUCCUAAAGGGUAUAUGAGGUAUGUGUUUCGAGGUAUGUUUUGCCUCAGCCAAAGUUGAUGUUUCACAUACUGUAAUUUAUAUACCGUCCUCUGAAUACACUGUGCCAUAUUUAGCUACUAAACUCUCUUUACAAAGCUGCCUGUCUGCUGUGUUUAUAUUUUAGGCGGGGUAGGGCAUAUGAGCAAGCAUUGGUCCUUUCAGGGGGCUUGUUUCUCAUCAGCCUCUUGGAAUAAGCUUUGGAGUGAUGGAAGGGGCCAGAUGGAUGAGCAACGCUGAGCAGGCCAGUUCGGCUUCCUAGAGUUGUAAUCAGUUAGGAGCAGACUGGGAGCCCCCCAGGACUGAAGGGCUUGAAAGCUGCUCGAUUUACAUAUCCCCCAUCAGUGGGUGUAUUUAAAUGAGAAGUCUCAGAUACUGCAGUUGUUUUCCUUUUCUCCGUUCCAAGGCAAGCUGAUACAGGUCAGCCACCCAACAAAGAUGAAGAAGAAUAAAAGAACAGCAGCCUUCCCCAUUCUUUUUGAUGACCUUAUUUUUGUAAUCUACGUUCCUCCUAUUCCCUUGUUAAGUCUCCUUCCUUUCUUAUGCCAUGUGAACCUGAGCUUGUCUCUAGCUCAGGGCUUGUAUGGGGGGUGUUCAGGAAGGACCAGCAGCACGGGUCGGAGGGCUUGCCAGACUGCUCAUGGCUGCCACCUGUCGCCCAGUGAGUUAGAGAGGUGUGAAUGGGCAGAUGAGAGCAGUCUGUUCCGGUGACGUGCUGGCAGGUGCCAUGGAGCACUUAGAGUUUGGUCAGGCAUUGGAGACACAGGGUCGUCCACUGCAUCCAGGGACAUCGCGUCCAGCAUCCUGCCCCUGGACUUUGAUGACUGCCCAGCUCUUUCUCACAAAUCUAAUUCACAAAAAAGUCAAGACAUCACAUGUGCUGCCAUUGGUUCUCUUUGGACAUGAAGGAUGGAAUAAUAGACUCCUCUGGCAAUCUAUGGACUGGACUCCAUUUCAAAAUAAUGAUUAAAAAAAAAUUAACUGGGAAAAAGCUAAAUUGUAGCAGUUAAGAAGGGGAAAAUAUUUUUUUAAUCCCUCAAGUUCAUGGAAUUUAUCCACGGAACCUUUAAGAACUAUGGAACCAAGGUUAAUAAUCCCUACUCAUGAUCAUUUGUUUCUCCUGCCCAUCCCCAUACAACCCUACCCCCCCCCAAAAAAAAAAAAAAACAAAAAAAAAAACCUGUUAGUUCCUAGAUCUAUAGAAAUCUUGAGGUUAGAAUGAAAGCAGGUAAAUGGCACAGUGGAAUGCCAGACCUGGAAUCAGGAAAACUUCUUAUCUUUUUGGGUUCAAAUCUGGCCUCAGAUACUUUGUGACCCUGCACAAAUUACUUUACCCUAUUUACCUCAAUUUCCUCAUCUGUAAAAUGAACUGGAGGAAAUGUUGAACCAUUCCAGAAUCUUUGCCAAGAAAGAUCCAAGUAGCUGUAGCAGAAAUCACUGAAAAGGCAUCAAAAACUAGACCACAGCCAGCAACUGCAAAUUUGGAACUUGAGAACCAACUUCAGAUUCUGAGUAAUGAAUGGAGAAAGACAAAUUCAUCAGUUUUUAAUCCUGUUAGUGGGGAGAAUAAAAAAAAAAAAAUGAAUGAAUAACAACAAAUGUUGAAAAAGAUCCUCUGUCUUUAAGAGUUAGAAUAGACCUUAGAGACUAUACAGUUCUGGUAUGGGAAUCUAUACUGAAUAUGUGUGAUCUGAACAGUCUAGAAUACAGUUGGAUUGCCUCCCUCCUUUGUGGGGGGAGUGGGGUGGAGUACUUCUAUUAAUGCAGUCUAAGAUGAGCCAUGUCCUGUUUCCCUCCCUCUUCUCACACUUCCUGCCCCACCAAGCAUCUCUUCCAGAUGUUUCUCUUUAGGUCUGUAGCCUCCAUUUUAAAUUUAUGUACUCUGCUUCUGUAAUUAUGGAACUCUGGGGUGGAGGCAAAAACUUGGGACAGAAAAACCAUCUUAGUUCCAUUGCAUUUCCUCCCCUAGUACAUUCUAAGACAGGGAUUCUUAACCAUCUUUGUAUCACGGAACCCUUCUUGAAAUGUUUUUAAAGGCACAAAAUACAAAGGUAACCAAUUAUAUUGAAAGUUCCCCAAAAAAGUUGCUAGUAUUUCCAUCUGCUAGUAAUCUGCUAAUAAUUCUAUAAAAUCUAAAUGCCCUAUAGAUGUUUGGUUGUAUUAAUGAUUCUUAAAACUUGGUCUAGUUUAUUUACUUUAUUUUAGGUACAUCUGCAUCUAACCUGUCCACAUUGAUGGUACUGCUUCAUGUUUUGUUGUUCAAUCAUUUUUCAGUCAUGUCUAACUCUGUGAAUCCAUUUAGAGGUUUUUUAAAGUUAGUGCAGUAGUUGGCCAUUUUCUUCUCCAGUUCAUUUUAAAGAUGGGGAAACUGAGGUGAACAGCUAAGUGACUUGCCCUGGGUGAGAGCUGUAGGCUGUGAUUUGAGGUCAUAUUUGAACCCAGGAAGAUAAGUCUUUCUGAUACUCCAUCCACUCUGCCACCUGCUUGCUUCAUGUUUAAAGAACUCUAUGGGAAAGUUUUUCACCUUUCAGUAACAUUUCAGAUUAUAAAAAUGCUCACAUAUUUUACUGGAAACAAAAAAAAUUCCCAGGGAACUCAAAAUUUCUCUUGGGAAAGAAAUUCAGUGAUCUGUUUUCAAUCAUGAUUGAAAAAAGAGGGGAAUAGAAGGGAACAAACUUUUAUGAAGUUUAGCUAUAUAAAGCCAGUCGUAUGCUACAUAGUUUACAGGCAUUAUCUCAUUUGAUCCUAAUCGCAGUAAGCGCUGCCAUCCCCAUUUUACAUUUGAGAAAACCGAGACAGAGCUUAAGUGACUUGCCUAAGUGGCUAAGGCUGUAUUUGAGCUCAGGUCUUCCUGAGCACCCAACAUUAUCCGCUGGCACCUUCUAGCUUGGUAGGAAGUCUGAUGCUAUGUACACUUGUUUUGUGCCUUUGGGAAAACCAACCAAUAUCCUUGGGCCUCACCUAUUUCAUCUCUAAGGGGAACUUGAGGUUCUGAGUGAAGGGUGGAGAGAGACAAACUCAAAAGGUUUUGAGAAUUAGUGGGGAGGAUUGUGUUUCUGUACACCUGACCCUGUAGGAUCAUAGAAAGGAAAGGGAUCUGAGGCCUUCUAGUCCAACACUUUCUUACAGUUAAGAGGCCCAAAGUUCACACAGACUUCUGUGUGAAGCGGGUUUAAGUGUGGCAGAGUUGUAGUCACAGAAAUGCAUGGCAGACAAAAGGAGGCGGGGUGGUGGUCCAAGGUGCAGUGGACUCCACACGCUGCCCAGCACCUGCUGCAGCUGCCUCUGGCCCCUGGAACAGACUGUUCUCCACCUGUUCUGCCAGGAAAGUCUUCCCCUGCUUGCGAUAGACAUCCCCCUGACUUACUCACAGGUUUGAAGCCUGCCAGUUACCCUCCACCUGCUGAGAUAGUCUCACGGGGCUCUAGUUGCUGGAGUCACAAGAGAGAGCUUGGUGACAGGUGGAGCCCACAGAUGGAUGAGCAGGCCUGCCCUCACCCGAGAGCUGCUAGUCCUCCCUGAACACCCCACACAUAGACGUCAAGGGCUUAAAAAGUUGAAAUAGCACUUGAGGUUUCAGAAGAUCAAGCUUCCCUUUGACCUGGUGUUAUGUUAAUUUUUUUUUUCCUCUUUUCUGAGGCAAUUGGGAUUAAGUGACUUGCCCAGAGUCACACAGCCAGGAAGUGUUAAGUGUCUGAGGGCAGAUUUGAACUCGGGUCCUCCUGACUUCAGGGCUGGUGCUCUAUCCACUGUGCCACCUAGCUGCCUCAACCUUGUUAUUCUUGAGUGAAGGUGUGAAGUCAGAUAACUUGGCCAUCAUUGAAUUUGGCAUUGGCCAAAAUCUUAAGAUCCAAUGGCAUCCCCUGGGAGAACAAGCACACAAGAGUCACCUUGUCUAAAGAAUAUUCAUUUAUUUAUAAUUAUUGCUAAGUAAACAACUCUUUAAAACAGAAAACAUAAAAAACACAGUAGGGCUUUGCACAAGUGGAAUUUCUAAACUGUUUUGUGUACACAUCAAAAUAAGUUAAAAUGCGAUUCAUACAGAAAUUUUCCAAAGUCACUGAGAGGCUGCAUGCCUUUUUUUCCUUGUGUUGAGUGUGUGUAUGUGUGUGUGUGUGUGUGUGUGUGUAUGUG